AUGAAGCGGACUGAGGACAAAGCCAAGCUGAAGGAGCUCGAGAAACACAAGAUCCAGCUGGAGCAGCUUCAGGAGUGGAAGAACAAAAUGCAGGAGCAGCAGGCUGACCUGCAGAAACAGCUCAAAGAAGCUAAGAAGGUGGCUCUGCUCGGCUUGGACCUCUUAUCUGCCUUAGUGACGAGGUUACAGGAGAGAUUUAGGUCCCACGUGGGAACAGUUCUUCCCAGCCUUAUCGAUCGAUUGGGAGAUUCUAAAGACCAAGUGCGAGAACAGGACCAAACAGUGCUGCUAAAGAUCAUGGAGCAAGCUGCCAGCCCACAGUAUGUGUGGGACCGAAUGCUGGGAGGCUUCAAACACAAGAACAACAGGACCAGAGAAGGAGUGUGCCUUUGUCUCAUCGCCACACUGAGCAUACAUGGAGCUCAAGGCCUGACCCUGAGUAAAAUUGUUCCCCACAUAUGUAACCUGUUGGGGGACCCCACAAGUCAGGUGCGUGACGGAGCGAUGAGCUGCUUGGUGGAGAUCUACAGACAUGUGGGGGAGAGGGUGAGGAUGGAUCUCAGCAAAAAGGGCCUGCCACAGUCACGGUUGAAUGUAAUCUUCAGCAAAUUUGAUGAAGUCCAAAGAUCCGGGAACAUGAUGCCAUCGUCCGUCUCAGAUAAGAAUUUUGAGGAUGAAGACUCAGUGGAUGGAGGCCGGUCCUCCUCCUCUUCAUCAUCCAAAGCACCCCCCGGUGGCAGGAGGACGGUUAUCAGCUCUGUGCGAAGACCCAGCUCAGCCUCCGCAAAUAAGCCCACAAGCAAGGAAGCAGCUGCUGGUGCUGUUGAUGAGGACGAUUUCAUCAAAGCCUAUGAAGACGUGCCCUCAAUCCAGAUCUACUCCAACAGAGAGCUGGAGGACCAUCUGGCCAAAAUCAGAGAAGUGCUUUCUGAUGAAAAACACGACUGGGAGCUCCGGGUUGUAGCGCUGAAGAAGGUGCGUUCUCUCCUGAUGGCGGGGGCCACAGAGUACGAGGGCUUCCCUCAGCAGCUGCGUCUCCUGGAGGCUCCGCUCAAGCUGUCGGCCAAAGACCUGCGCUCACAGGUGGUGCGCGAGGCCUGCAUCACACUGGGACACUUGUCUUUGAUACUGGGAAACAAGUUUGACCACGGAGCAGAGAGCAUCAUGCCCACGCUGCUCAACCUCGUGCCCAACAGUGCCAAAAUCAUGGCCACGUCCGGAGUGGCCACCAUCCGCCUCCUCCUCAGGCGCACACACUACCCACGUCUCAUCCCCAUCAUCACCAGUAACUGCGCCGCCAAAUCAGUGGCAGUCCGACGACGCUGUUUUGAGUUCCUAGACCUCAUGUUACAGGAGUGGCCCACUAACACAUUGGAAAGACACGUGGCGGUUCUGACUGAGACCAUCAAGAAAGGCAUCCACGACGCUGACUCUGAGGCCAGAUCCAUCGCAAGGAAAUGCUACUGGGGUUUCCAUGGUCACUACAGCCGGGAGGCGGAGCACCUGUUCCAGGCGCUGGAGUCGCCCUAUCAGAAGGCCCUGCAGUCCCACCUGAAGGGCUCUGACAGCAUCGUGUCUCUGCCGCAGUCUGACCGCUCGUCCUCCUCCUCCCAGGAGAGUCUGAACCGGCCACUGUCUGUGAAGAGUGUCAUUGGAGGGAGCAUGACAAGGAGUAAGCUGGUGGGCAGCAGGGUGUCUCCUUCAUCAGGUUCUCUCCAGCGUUCCCGUAGUGACAUCGACGUUAACGCCGCCUCCAGCUCAAAGUCCCGUCUGUCCACCGUACCUGCCUCCUCGCCCUUCAGUUCUGCAGCGGCCCUCCCCCCCGGGUCCUACGCCUCAUUAGGUCGAGUCCGUACCAGGAGGCAGAGCUCGGGCAGUACGGGGGGGGCCAGCCCCUCAGUGGUGGACAGUAGGGGACGCAGCCGAGCCAAAAUCGUCUCCCAGUCCCAGCGAUCCAGAUCAGCCAAUCCCAUCAAUGCCGGCAGUCGCUCCAGCUCCCCGGGGAAGCUGCUGGGCCACAGCAGCUACGGGCGGGUCCCUCGGGUCUCAGUGUCGGCCUCCACCACGCCUGCUGACAAGCGCAGCCGCGUCCCCCGCAGCCAGGGCUGCAGCCGGGACACCAGCCCUACCCGCCUGGGCCUCGCCAGCCUGUGUGGUAAAGCUCUUCUUCCUGCUGCUCUUCCCUACCGCACGCUAGCCCGGAGCCGCAUCCCCCGCCCCAGCAUGAGUCAGGGCUGCAGUCGUGACACCAGUCGCGAGAGCAGCCGCGACACCAGCCCUGCUCGGGGCUUCACUCCUCUGGCCUCCCGACGUCACUCCCGUUCAACCAGCGCUCUCUCCACAGCCGACCCCCACAGCCAGUCAGACCGAUAUGGUUUGAUCCACCAAGCCAGGAUCUCUGCCUCUGUCAACGCCAUGAGGGUCCUGAACACCGGCACAGAGGUGGAGGCAGCGGUGGCUGAUGCUCUGCUGUUAGGAGACUCCAGGAAUAAGAGAAAGCCGAUGAGGCGCAGGUACGAAUCCCCGGGGAUAUACUCUGACGACGACGCCAACAGCGACGCGUCCAGUGCCUGCUCGGAGCGCUCGUACAGCUCCAGGAACGGAGGGAUCCCUCACUACCUGCGGCAGACGGAAGACGUGGCCGAGGUCCUGAACCACUGUGCCAGCUCCAACUGGUCCGAGAGGAAGGAGGGCCUGCUGGGCCUGCAGAACCUCUUCAAAAGCCAGAGGAUACUCAGCCGAGUGGAGCUGAAGAGACUUUGUGAGAUCUUCACAAGGAUGUUUGCAGACCCACAUAGCAAGAGAGUGUUCAGCAUGUUCCUGGAGACCCUGGUGGACUUCGUCCUGGUGCACAGGGAGGACCUGCAGGACUGGCUCUUUGUGCUGCUCACCCAGCUGCUGAAGAAGAUGGGGGCCGACCUGCUGGGCUCCGUGCAGGCCAAAGUCCAGAAGGCCCUGGAUAUCACAAGGGAUUCCUUCCCAUUCGAUCAGCAGUUUAACAUCCUGAUGCGGUUCAUCGUGGAUCAGACUCAGACCCCUAACCUGAAGGUUAAGGUGGCCAUUCUGAAGUACAUCGACACCCUGGCCCGGCAGAUGGACCCGACAGACUUUGUCAACUCCAGUGAGACGCGCCUGGCCGUCUCUCGCAUCAUCACCUGGACCACUGAACCCAAAAGUUCUGAUGUCAGGAAGACCCUUCAUAGCUGGGUGAGCGAGGAGCUAGCGGGCAGGUCCAGCCCUGCAGCCUUACUGUCCGCUGAGGGCAACCAGGAAGACAGGUGUAAGCAGGCGGCACAGGUGGUGCUCAUCGCUCUGUUUGAGCUCAACACCCCAGAGUUCACCAUGCUGCUGGGAGCCCUCCCCAAAACGUUCCAGGACGGAGCCACCAAACUGCUGCAUAACCACCUGAAGAACUCCAGCAACACCAGCAGCAGUGUGGGCUCUCCCAGCAACACCAUUGGCCGGACGCCGACUCGCCACACCCCCAGCAGGACCAGCCCCCUCACCUCUCCAACAAACUGUUCCCAUGGAGGACUGUCUCCAAGUCGGUUAUGGGGUUGGGGUGGCGACGGACUGUCAAAGCAUCCCCCUGCCCCUCCUCCUCCUCCUCCUCCUCAGCCCCACUCCACCCCUGCUGCCCCCUCCCUAAGGGUCCUCCGCAGAGCAUAUUCACCCAGCAUGAUGGAGUACGACACUGAAAACAUGAACUCUGAGGAGAUCUACAGCUCGCUGCGCGGUGUCACUGAGGCCAUCCAGAGCUUCAGCUACCGGAGCCAGGAGGACCUGAACGAGCCAAUCAGACAGGAGGGCAAGAGGGACGACGCGGCAGGAAGAGAGGGCGUAGCGUCCUCUCCUGGCUCUGACGCUCGGCUCGGUUUAGACGUGGUGGAAGGAGGUCGCACCGCUUUAGACAACAAGACUUCCCUGCUCAACACGCCGUCACCCCGCUCCUUUUCGGGGCCACGGGGCCGUGAGUUCGCCCCUUAUGGCUACGGAGAGACCAUUUGCACCUAUGACAAGAGCGCCAUGAAGGAGGCCGUGUUCGACGAUGACGUAGAGCAGUUCCGCGACUGCCGACGGCAGGAAAGUGGUGAAAACAAGAUGACGCUCCCCAAGGUCUUUGCUCCUGCAGGCGGUCAGGACCACUCGGACCUGGUGGCAGACCUGCUUAAGGAACUGUCCAAUCACAACGAGCGCUCUGAGGAGCGUAAAGGCGCCCUGGUGGAGCUGCUGAAGAUCACACGAGAGGACAACCUGGCAGUGUGGGACGAACACUUCAAAACCAUCCUGCUCCUGCUGCUGGAGACGCUGGGGGAUAAAGACCACACCAUCCGGGCCCUGGCUCUGCGUUUGCUGAAAGAAAUCCUGAGGAAUCAGCCGGCGCGCUUUAAAAACUACGCUGAGCUUACCAUCAUGAAAACUCUGGAGGCUCACAAGGACUCUCACAAGGAGGUUGUGCGAGCAGCCGAGGAGGCGGCCUCCACCCUGGCCGGCUCCAUCCACCCGGAGCAGUGCAUCAAGGUGCUGUGCCCCAUAGUGCAGACAGCCGACUACCCCAUCAACCUGGCUGCCAUCAAGAUGCAAACCAAAGUCAUUGAACGCAUCGCCAAGGACUCCUUGCUGCUGCUGCUGCCCGACAUCAUCCCCGGACUCCUGCAGAUGAAGUUACUGAACCUGUACAUCAAGCGAGCGCAGACCACCAACAGCAACAGCAGCAGCUCCUCGGACGUGUCCUCCCACAGCUAG